AUGAUUCAAAAAAUAAGAAAUGAUUUUAGCGCAAACAAUAUGAAAAUCUUAGAAGAACGUCUUAGGCAUUACGAAGAUGAGGCAGCCAAUUUAGUAACAAUCAUUAAUAUUGAAAAUUUAAUGAACCUUGAUCUUUGCUUCGUCCUGGACUGUACAGACUAUAUGUCUCCUUAUAUCAAAGCAGCGAAAGAGCAUAUAUUAAAAGUGGCUAGUUACAUAAACAGCAAUAAUUCAAAUAUCAAAUUAUGGGUUGGUUUCUGUGGCUAUCGUGAUCACUCUGAUGGUAGUGAUCGCUUACAAAAUUUUGAUUUUACUAGCUCUCUUGAGAAAUUUAAAACGUACAUAGCCAACAAAGUGAAAGCUAUAGGUGGCAAUGAUGAUCCAGAAGAUGUUUUAGGUGGUCUUAAUGCUGCGAUAACUGAGAUGACAUGGAGCAAUGCCACUCGUGUUAUUAUUCAUAUCGGCGAUGCACCACCACAUGGUCAUCGCUUUACCAACUUAUCUGAUGAUUAUUCAGACGAAGCUCGAAAAGCAUAUACUCUCUGCAACGAAAAAAAACUUCAAAUCAAUCCACACGAACCUGAUUGGGCUACUCAUCCAGAGAAAAUCUUAUGUCAUAUUUCACCUAAAACUCUGACUGAAGUUAAAGAUGAAUAUUAUUUUAUAAAUUCAAACUUUAUUGAACAAGACACAACUUUUAAGCUUGCGCUGCAACCAUUCGCUGUCGGUGCUGAAUGA